AGGACAAGUCCACCAUGCCUGAAGUCAGAGACCUUUCCGAAGCCUUGCCGGAGACGCCCAUGGACCCCAUCACAGGCGUGGGGGUGGUGGCUUCGCGGAACCGCGCCCCGACAGGCUACGAUGUAGUCGCACAGACGGCAGAUGGUGUGGACGCUGACCUCUGGAAAGACGGCUUGUUUAAAUCCAAGGUUACCAGAUACCUGUGCUUCACAAGAUCAUUUUCCAAAGAAAAUAGUCAUUUAGGGAACGUGUUGGUGGACAUGAAGCUCAUUGACAUCAAGGACACUCUGCCUGUGGGCUUCAUCCCGAUCCAGGAGACGGUGGACACACAGGAAGUGGCUUUUAGAAAGAAGAGGCUGUGCAUUAAAUUCAUCCCCCGGGAUUCCACGGAGGCGGCGAUCUGUGACAUCCGGAUCAUGGGCCGGACCAAGCAGGCGCCCCCGCAGUACACGUUCAUUGGGGAACUGAACAGCAUGGGGAUCUGGUAUCGAAUGGGCAGAGUUCCAAGAAACCAUGACUCAUCUCAACCCACAACACCUUCCCAGUCGUCAGCUGCUUCCACCCCAGCCCCCAGCCUUCCCAGGCACAUCUCCCUGACGCUGCCCGCCACCUUCCGGGGCCGGAACAGCACUCGGGCUGACUACGAGUACCAGCACUCCAACCUGUACGCCAUCUCAGCAAUGGAUGGUGUGCCUUUUAUGAUUUCAGAGAAGUUUUCUUGUGUUCCAGAAAGUAUGCAGCCCUUUGACCUGCUGGGAAUCACCAUCAAGUCUCUGGCGGAGAUAGAGAAAGAGUACGAGUACAGCUUCCGCACCGAGCAGAGCGCCGCCGCCAGGCUCCCGCCCAGCCCCACGCGCUGCCAGCAGAUCCCGCAGUCCUGAGGGCCCGGCUGCCUCCUGCCUCCUGCGGGGAGAAGACGCAUCGGCCCGGCGCCCGAGUGCCCGCCUCGCCCGCCCCCUCCGCCGCCCUUCACUGCCCCACCGGCUCUCGGGGCGACUCGGGCAGCUGAGCGCUCCAUCCGGUCAUCAGCUUGCCUGACAUGACGCCCCCCUCCCUGGGGACAUUCAUAACCUCGACUAACCUGUGUGUGCCGUAGCGACGGCUCCUGACGUGUCCGUGUGAGGAGCCGUCGUCCUUAAACAGCCCUGCACCCGGGGCCACCAGUGACUCCCUUCCCUCCCGUCGCUGCCGCCGGCCACUGCCCCUCCUGGGAGCCCCGGGCGGCUCCCAUCACCCGCCCGGCGGCUGGAGCAAGGCCCCCAGCCCCACCGCAUCAGGUGCCCCAGCAUCUCACGACGGCUGAGGAGGAAGAGCCGGUGGCCCGGUGGACCGCGCCUGGCUCCCCACCCGCUGUGAGCAUCCGAGCUGGGACUCACACGGACGCCUUGAGGUCAGGGGCAGCGUGCCCGGCGCUCCCUGCCCAGGACGCUGUGCUCACCCCCUCACCCACAUCCCCCAAAGGGCUCGUCUCUGCAGUGCCCACGUGCCAUCAGCAAUGCCAACUGCCUCUGCCAGGUGCCUGACCCGGGACCACAGCCACUGGCCUCAGGUCGUCGAGGAGAGAGCCUUUGAGCAGGGCCCGCCGCGUCCCGCCGGCUCCGCUCACAGGAACAGUCGUUGGGAACAGUCCGUCUGACCCUGGUCGUCGAACCAGGACCGGCACUGACCUUUCUGCCCCGAGUGGCCAGUGGACACAGCGCCGCCGCGGAGUCCACCUCGACGCGCAUCGGCUAUGCGCACGGGGUCCGCUGUGCCUGGAGAGCAGUGAGGUGCCCCCACCAGGACGGCUCACGGGGGAGCCCCACCAGGGACAGGCCCCCUUCCCUGCGGCCCCCGGAGGGCACAGGGUGACGGUGCCACAGGAACCAGCCCCGUUCGGAAGCAGGGCCGGCGAAAAAUACCUCACGCACCUGUCCCCCGCCACCCCAGGCCCUCGCCGCCUGCCCCUGGGCCACCCCCUGCGUCUUCAUUGUAAUACCUCCCGCUUUCUGGGCACUGGGGUGUGGUCGCCUCGCCUCCCCAAAACCUGAGGACACCCCUGGUGAGACCGGCCUUCCCGUGCCUCCCUUGCGGCCAGGCGGCAGGAGAUGCAGUGCGUGGAGCCGCGGGGCCCCAGGGCUUUGGGAUUGGUGCUGACCCAGGGCCCGGAGAGCUGACGGGCUCACAUGUGCCCGCGGGCAUAAGCUAGUUGAGUUUAUGAGGAGUCGGGAGCCCCAUGGGCCCGGAAAACGUGUGUCUACUGCUGCUUUGUGGGUGGGUGGGUGGCUCAGAGCCAGGUGACCUGUGUAACUUGAAGGCCGACAGACGGUGGCAUCCAGCAGGCGGGGGGCGGGAGGAGGGGAGGCAGAAGUUGGGGGGAGGCAGAGCCCCGAUUCCUCCUGUGGCCACGUGGUCAGUGCGCUCUGGCCUUCGACCUUUUCCACGCCCUGGCUGUGAGAUUAUCUCGACCAGGAGCACCCGGCAGCCCCUCUCCCUUGACUGACAUCUCAGCAGCUCUGCUGGGACCUGGGUGAGGGCGGCCAUCAGUGGAAGGGGAGGGGUGACCACAGCUCCCUGACCACGCCGAGAGCCCUCCCCGCAUCGCAGACCUAGUCUAGGGAGUGGCCUCGACUGAACAUCGCGAUAAACGUGGCCUAGACUGCAAGGGUGACCGCAUUAGUAGCUGUGUGGUGGCUUCCAGGCUGCUCCUAACCCUGCUCCUUUGCCUCGUGAGAGGGGGUGAGGAUGAGCAAGUGUGGGGGUGACAAGACUCGGAGCCAGGCUCUGGCUCACACCUCCCUGCUUCUUCCUGGAGGGCACUCUUCUUGACAAACCCGCUGCCCGGGGGGAGGCGGGGGGAGGGAGGGGGAGGCUCUCUUGGAAAGGUGAAGGCAGCGGCCCUCCCUCCGUCCCUCUGAGAAGACUGAGCGGAGCACAGCGCCCCCUUCCUUCUCUUCCCUCUGACAUUCCGUCUCUCUCCACGGCCUUGGAGGUGGCACAUGACGAGGAGGAAGUACCUGCUGCAGGUUCUCUUGUAAAUUAUAAGCAGCUUCUACCCGACCCAAGUCCAAGAGCUGAUCUUGGCCACGACCCUCCUCCCCUUGGUGAGGGAGGAACCCGCCUGCAGAAGGAAUAGCAGGUUAGACCCCAGGCUCCCGUCUG